AUAUAGCUUCUGAAUAUGCAUGUUAUGCAACACUGCUUUUGUUGUGGGAUAUUUUGGGAUUUACCUGCGUACAUGGCGUAUUUACCUUAUUUUCAAUUCAUAUAAUAAAGCUUAACUAGAUUAAGUCUGGGAAUUGGUAGAGACAGAUAGGACCAAUCGGAAUAAGGCUAAUACAGGACACAGUGUAUGGACAAGUGUUCAUUGGAAUAACCAGUUGUCAUACUUGUAUUUGGAUGUUCAAGGAUUUGAAGAACUGCAUGCUACGGACAGUCUCCAUAAUUGUGAAUUGGUGGUAUGCAGUGUGUGGUGUCAUAUUGAGCUGCCAUCCAUCAGUCGCAAGUUCAAGCUGUCCUAUAAAGCAUAGGUGAUGCUGAGGCAAGAUGUUUAAUAUCAAGGGAGACUACCCAUGUUGCUUUGUGCUGUUGGGAUGGCUGAUGGCCUUCGGAGUUGCCUGCCCUGAAGUGUGCUCCUGUGUGGGGGAAUCGUACACAUACUGUGAUAACGCCAAUCUCACCGACGAUGACAUUCCAGGAAUAUUAAAAAAUGUGCCCACAAAGGUUACAUAUCUGGAUUUUAGUGAUAAUCAGUUGACGAGAGUGCAUGACAAUAUGUUUUUGGGACUUAACGAGUUAACUGUGGUGGAUUUAAGUUAUAAUGAAAUUGAGAGUUUAACCACUAGGAACUUCCGAACUUUGCUUAAUAUUCAGCGGAUACAUCUUUAUCAUAAUAACAUAUCUCGGUUGGAGAACCAAACAUUUUGGUUCUUACCCAAACUAGAAUUUGUGGAUUUAAGUUUUAAUAAAAUCGCUUUCAUAGAUUAUUGUGCAUUUAGCAGUACAGCGAACUUGGAGAAAAUUUUGCUGAAUCAUAAUGCAUUGACGAAUGUGUCAGAUUCGAUGUUAGCGAGUCUUUUGACAUUGACACAUUUGGAUUUGGCAGAUAAUCUAAUUAAUGUUAUAACGCCGAGCGCUUUUUCUCAUUUAAUCCAUUUGCAGACCCUAAAUUUGAAUAAUAACUCCCUUAAUAACAUAGAGAUGGACACUUUUACAGGAAUGUCAUUAUUGGAGCAUUUAUACCUAGAGUUUAAUAAUAUCUCCGUGAUAAAUAAAUACAGCUUUCAGUCUAGCAAAUUGACACUGAAGAGUAUUCAUUUAAGCCACAAUAGAUUAAGAACAAUAGAGACGCUAGUAUUUCGAGGUGCUCAGUCAUUGACGAAAGUACAUCUGGAUCACAAUAACAUUUCUACAAUAGAAAGUGGAUCGUUCGGUGGUCUGAGUUUGGAUAUUCUUGAUCUACAGAACAAUUAUCUCACUGAAAUUACAAACUCAAUAUUCAGCAGUUGUCGAAAAAUUGGCUCAUUGAAUUUGAGUCACAACCUAAUAUCUGUGAUAAAUACACGUUCCUUCGACAGUUUUAAAGAAUAUGUGUAUAACAUAGACCUUAGUUACAAUUCAUUAACUAGUGUUUUAGAUGGUGUGUUUGACCAUAUGCAAUAUCUUCAGUCUCUGAGUCUGGCAAACAACUCCAUCAGCUUCAUAGAAGAUAGCUCUCUAAGUGAUCUCCGUAACUUGAAGAGUCUUGACUUGUCGUGGAAUCGUCUUUCAUCAUGCACUGCGGCGACGUUCAGUGGCUUAGAGACUAUCAUUAACCUACAUCUCCAAUAUAACCCAUUAAUCAUGUUCAGUCAUCCCGAUUAUUCAUCCAGACUCUCAAAUAUCAACGUUCAUCUAAAUCUGACUGUUGCGGGGCUGUCUGCAGAUUCAGCCGUUAUUCGGUGGCCGUACAAAGAUGGGUACCAGAUUUACUGGUCCCGUUAUGUAAUUUGCAUCAACAGCGAACAAUGUCCAUUCAGACCUCAGCCGGAAUUCUUAGCCGCGUACGAAACUGAAGUGACUUUGAAAGGCCUGCAGAGUGAUUCUGUGUAUUACGUAUGUGUUAACCCAGCUUUUAAGUCGGAAAAUAUUAGAAUUAACCAGUGCUUAUUUUUUCGAACUUCAAAAGAGAUUCUUGUCACCACUUCACCUAUGCAAAACGUUUCUGCUGACGCAACAUCGGGGAUGUCGCUGAUGUUUGAUUUAAAACGAAUCUUGACGUUGUUAUUUAUCAUACUUGUAUCUUCAAGAGGUCUUACAGUGCACUACAUUGUAUAACCCAAGUUUGAAUGUUGACUGUGUUUAAUAUGCAAUAACGGCAGAGUGCAAUUAUUUGUUUUGAUUGAAUAUGUAUUGAUAAUGGCCAAGAUGUAGUUUUGUUUAAUUGGUUUAAAAGACAUUUAUUUUCUUAAUGCAUUUUUCAUGUUUUAUAUUUUUAUAUGCAAGACAUCUCUGUCAACAGUUGAAUAAAAAUUAUGUAUAAAGUGGUUGAUUCUUUGAAAUAUUAGUGUUACUUAAUGACUGCAAUGUUUAAAGAGAACUUAAACCAAGGUGCAGAAAUAAGGUUGUACCAGUCCCGAACUUCUAAAAACUCACAUUUAUGAUUGAUCCCUGCCUGUCAAGUUUCACGGUUUUGCUGUGAGUCUCACGAUUUCGCAAUAAAAUCAUGCACGGUCUCA